GCCCGUGCUUCAUAAAUUCAGUGAUGCGCACAUGCCUCCUCAACGCGCAGAAAGGGCCGGCCUAACCGGAAAGCGUCGUCUCGGGCUGGUCUCGAGAAACAGGCCGUUGACGUGGCCGCCUUCAACAACUUGCAUAUCAACCAAGCCCAGACAAGCAAACUCAAUCCAACCCCACCCAAAACCAAAGCGGAAGCAAGUCAUCCGCAAUGUCUACAAACGUUGUCGCAACCUCCGACGUCUCGCUCGGCGACUUGGAGUGGGUCCAGGACCCGAGCUACGCCACUGAGGCAAACACCUUCUAUAUUCAUGCCGACGACGGUGCUUUUGCGAUCGUUCAGAUCGCAUACUCAACGAUGAGUUGGAGUCCCUCAGUCCAAGUAUCAGCAGCCUACCACGGCGCCGACGGCUUCAAGAAGCGCCACACAGCCACCCUCUCCGGCGGCUCCUUCAAACCCACCGACGACAAACUCUCCGUGCAAUGCGAGAACAUCAAAGUCACCUUCGACGCCGAGAGAAAGGCAUACAAGGUCUCCCUGCACGCCGCGCCCGCUUUCAUGGCCGACUUUGAGUUUGUCGCCGUCGAUGGAUUUAGCCAGGUCAACGGUGGGAAGCACCCUUUCAAGGCGGCUGACCCUGCCGCGGGUUACGUGCAGGCCCAGUUCAUUCCCAAGGCGAAGGUGACGGGACACAUCACUACUGAUGGAAAGCUGCAUGACAUUUCUGGAUCGGGAUUGUUUGUCAAGGCGAUCCAGAAGGUGCCGCAGUGUGUCGCGCGGUGGAGUUUCGUUGACUUCCAAAAUGAGAAGGACGCCUUGCUCAUGUACCAGUUCGAAAUGCCCGACGGCUACGACUACGACUUCCGCGUCCGCUCCGAAGGCUACAUCGUGCUCAACAACAAAACAAUCGCCGUCACCCUCGACAACUUCACAAAGAUCCUAAACACCUCCCACGACCCCUUCUCCGGCUACGAAAUCCCCUCCGCCGCCGAAUACAAAUGGUCCGGUCUCGCCAAGGACGGCCGCGCGAUCCACAUCGAUAUGAAGGUGCCCCUGAACAGACUGUUGGAUAAAAUCGACCUCCUGGGCGAACUGCCGUACCUCAUAAGGAAGUUUAUUCAGACGUUCUUGACUGCGCCGUUUGUGUACCAGUGGUUUGAGGAGGCGACGGCGAAUGUGACAAUAGGAGAGGAGAAGCUGACGUUGAAGGGACGGGUAUUCCAUGAGAAUGCCUUCUUGGCGGCUUUGCCCAACUAGGUCACUCAAGGGGGAAUGCGUUAGAAGCUCAAAAAACGGGGCAAACCUGCCGCCUGUAAACAUAUCCUCGUCUGUCCCACUGCCUUCGUACACACAACACGGAAUUUUUGCUCCCCUGCCCCUUUUUGUCACAUAGAGAACUCUGCCUCUUGUCAUUACUCUCUCCAUCCCUUAUUGUUUGCUUCGAAUAUAUGAAUUCGCUCAUCCCU